GCCUCUAGUUUGUAUUAUUCAAUGACGGUGGACAGACGUAUUCAAUAUACCGCGAUUGUUCUCUGUAUCUCUUAUUAAAAUUCAAUAUUCAUUCACUUUUAUGGUGUACCACAUAUCACAAGACCAGAAAAUAACCAAGACAAUAUUUUUAGCAUUCGUACAUGGUUGAAUAAAUUAGAAAACAAAACUCGAAGCUAAAGUUCUAUAAUAAUCUAUUUUUGAAGUGAAUUUUACUCGAAUAUUUUAUCGAAAGGCCAACAGCAAAGAAAAAUAUUACCACAUCGAAAGAGUGUGUAUUAAAAUAGAGAAAUCUCUUCAUCGAAGUGUCUUGUUGUGUGUUUAUUUGUUUGGGUUUUACUGAAAUAUUAUUUUGAUGAAUUUCUGAAGUGCACAAUCGAGCGAAUAAUAGUGUGUUCAAUGAAUCAUGACCUGGCAUAUUCAUCAAUAGCAUAUUGUGCGUAAAAUUGUUUAAUAAACCGUCGGUGAGACAUUAAAAGAUCUUCAUUUUGGCGGAGAAGAGAAAUUGAAAUUUCAUCGGAAUUGAAUUCAACAAAUUGCUACGCAUGUAACAAAAAAAUUCAAUCAACAAAAUUUUCUAUUGUUGUAUACACAAGAUACAUUUACCCAAAUUAUUUGUUUUGGCGGAAACAAAUUGCCAAAUCAAAUUAUUUGUUUAUCCUGGUGGUCGAGUUGAGAUAUUUUUGGACAAUAUAAUCGUAUCCAAUUAGUGUAAAAUUGUACACAGAGAUGCUUUGGUUGUUUUUGCGACAGUGGGCUGCUUCAAAAGUCUCCAUGUAAUUUAAUGGUGAACGAUUACACUCAUUGCUAAAAAUGGGGCUGACUGUGUCGCCUCUUCGCCGACGUGGCUGUUUUUUAAUUAUAAUAGUCAUAAUUUUGGUGCCGUUUACGAUUCUACUAUUGCUUAUGGGACCAGAUUUAUCAGCCGAACAAACACUAUCCCAACGACUGGCUGAGUAUCAAAUGCGCCUACAAUAUUUAGAAUCGAUGUAUCGUUCCCGUCAAGAAGAUGUAGCAAUUCUCUCUCAAUACCUCGGACUAUCACCAAGCACCGGUGACGGUGCUAACGUAACAAUUAAUGGAUCGUUGUUGGACGCCUUAAGCCCAGAAACCAGAGCAAUAUUACGAAACAUGACAUCGUCACCACGGUUUCCAUCUAGUCUUCGUUUACCUACUGCAUUUCAUUUCCUUCCCCAUCUUCUGGAUGAUCCAAGUUCAUUAAGGCCAGCUUAUUUAUUGUCGCGUGGUAGACAAGGGAUUUCUGUUGUGCUUGGUGUACCAACUGUUAAGCGCGAUAAACAAUCGUAUUUGAUGGGCACACUACAGAAUCUAAUUUCUAAUAUGGAUGAUGAGGAACAAAACGAAACAAUGAUUGUCGUUUUUGUUGGGGAAACGGACCUAGAAUACGUGCAAUUGGUGGCGAAGCAAAUCGAAGUCCGAUUUAGUAUGUAUGUUGAAAAUGGUCUAAUCGAAGUGUUAAGUCCGCCGCAAUCAUACUAUCCAAAUAUGGAUAAAUUACGACAAACACUGAAUGACCCACCCGAACGUGUUAAAUGGCGUUCGAAACAAAAUUUAGAUUUUGCAUUUUUGAUGGCCUAUUCGCAGCCGAAAGCAACAUUUUACGUUCAAUUAGAGGAUGAUAUUUUGGCUAAACGAGGUUUCAUUACAAUCAUGAAAAAAUUUGCUGUAGAAAAAACGGCUCGAAAAGAUGCUUGGUUCGUGUUAGAUUUCUGUCAGCUAGGAUUUAUCGGAAAAAUGUUUAAAUCGGCUGAAUUACCCUGGUUAAUUACAUUUUUCCAAAUGUUCUACAACGAUAAACCAGUUGAUUGGUUGCUGGAGCAUUUGAUUUACACCAAAGUUUGUAAUUGGGAAAAGGAUAUGAAACAUUGCAAACAAGAAAAAUCCAAACUUUGGCUCCACUAUAAACCAUCGCUGUUUCAACACAUAGGCACAACAUCAUCGCUUAAGGGAAAAGUUCAGAAAUUGAAAGACAAACAAUUUGGAAAGAUUCCAGCAUUUUAUCCCCAUAAUAAUCCAGCCGCCACAGUUAAAACUGGUAUAACACCAUAUAAAGGACAUACCAUACAACGAGCAUACUUGGGCGAAUCAUUUUUCUGGGGAUUACUACCACAACCAGGCGAUUUGAUUGAAUUUAUAUUCAACAAGCCGUACAAUUUGAAAAAGUAUUUGUUCCGUAGUGGCAAUACGGAACAUCCAUCUGAUCGGCUAUAUAACACAACCAUUGAAGUGUUACCGGAAUCGUUACCAGAGAAUUCACCCAUCUGGAGCACAUUCAAUUCAACGGCUGAUGGAUUUCUUAUAAUAGGAAGUUUCAAUGCAUUGGGCAUUGCUGAAGGUAGUGUUGAACCACAAAUUGGAUUGAUAAAAGAAAUUCGAUUACAUGUGCACAGCGACAGCGAGAACUGGGCGAUUUUAAGUGAGAUAAUGCUUCAGGAUAAAAUGAACAGAUGACCAAAAAAUUAUUUAAAUUCUUUACGACCAUUUACGGCGGCAUCAGUAGAACGUAGAAUCAAUAAAAUGCCACUGAAACAACUAAUGCCGCAAACGAAAAAACAAACAAUGAAGACUAAUCUCAACAAAACUGUGAUAAUUUUAUAAAAGAAAAAUGAGGUAAAAUAAUAAAACUAAAAUGGUGGAAA